AUGACGUCCACGGAUAAAGCAUACCUGGAACUUCAUAAAUUAAUUGAACCACAAGACGCAGAAGGACAAUUAACGCUGGGAGUUUGUACUCUUUUCGGAUAUACUGGAAUAAAACGUAAUCGACGCAAUGGGUUUCAUUGGAUCAUCAGGUCAGCUUCACAGAAAAAUCCGACAGCAUUUUUCUUCCUAUGGAACUGCCAUUUUCGCGGACACGGCACAAACGUCGAUAUUCACGAGGCAAUACGGUGUUCUCGUUAUGCAAUAAAGAAUCAUGCUGUGUGGGCUAAAGGGUUGACAACAAAAAUAUUCUUGGCAAACAACUUUGUUUGA